AGUGGUGGAGAAAUUACUUUGUCGGUGGUGGUCCGGUUUUGGGAUUUUACGCCUAGUUCAUCCUACGAAGAUGCUAAAAAGUUAGGAACUGUUGGUCUUGGGGACGUAUAUGAUAUUCACAAGUUGGUGCUUGCUGGAAAACUAAAUGGGACGAUGAAAGAGACAUCUGCGAGGCCGUUCAAGGUGUGGCUGGUAAAGUAAGACAAGGCCGAGGACUGCUCCUCCCUCACCCCCUCCCUCGCUGUCCUGUCCAGGAUAGCAGAGACUCUGUUUUAUUUUCCUCUUUUAUUUUUAAUUUUCUUCUCUGACACAACCCGCAACCGUGUGAAUUCAUGAUCACAUGACCGUGGAUAUGGACGCAGUCCUGUCCGACUUUGUCCGUUCCACUGGAGCUGAACCAGGAUUGGCCAGAGAUCUGCUAGAGGGCAAGAACUGGGAUUUCACCGCUGCCCUCAGUGACUUUGAGCAGCUACGACAGGUGCAUGCUGGGAACCUGACGUAUUCGUUCGCAGAGGAGAGGAACUAUCUGCCCCCAGAGAAGGAGAUGGCACGGGUAGGACGGCCGGUUCUCCAACGCCAAGAUGAGGUGGUGCAAGCAGCAACAGAAAAGCGCCUGUCGAGGGGUAUUUCGCACGCCAGUUCAACCAUCGUGUCCUUGGCCCGCUCUCACGUCUCAAGCACUGGAGGAAGCAGCAGCGAGCCGCUUUUGGACACGCCCCUGUGCACUUUCCAACUACCAGACCUCACCGUGUACAGAGACGACUUUCGCGGCUUCAUCGAGAGGGAUCUUAUAGAGCAGUCCAUGAUGGUGGCUUUGGAGCAUGCAGGGCGUCUGAACUGGUGGACUAAAGUCGUCUCGAACUGUCAGAGUCUGCUGCCGCUGGCAACCAGCGGAGAUGGAAACUGUCUGUUACACGCUGCCUCGCUUGGUAUGUGGGGUUUUCACGAUCGAGAUCUGAUGCUGCGAAAGUCUCUGUAUGCGCUGAUGGACCACGGCUUGGAGAGAGAGGCACUGAAGCGCAGGUGGAGGUGGCAGCAGACCCAGCAGAACAAAGAGUCUGGCCUGGUGUACACGGAGGAGGAGUGGCAGAAAGAGUGGAAUGAACUGUUGAAGCUGGCCUCCAGCGAGCCGAGAAUACACUACAGCACCAACGGCACCAAUGGGGCGGAGUCGUCCGAUGAGCCCGUUUAUGAGAGUUUGGAGGAGUUUCACGUCUUUGUCUUGGCUCAUGUCCUAAGGCGGCCCAUCGUGGUGGUGGCGGACACCAUGCUGAGGGACUCAGGAGGGGAGGCCUUUGCUCCCAUCCCGUUUGGAGGCAUCUACCUACCGCUGGAAGUGCCAGCUGUCAAGUGCCAUCGCUCGCCCCUGGUCCUGGCGUACGACCAGGCGCAUUUCUCUGCCCUGGUCUCCAUGGAGCAGAAGGACAGCUCCAAAGAGCAAGCAGUUGUGAUCCCUCUCACUGACUCAGAGCACAAAAUGCUGCCGCUGCACUUCGCCGUGGACCCAGGGAAAGAUUGGGAGUGGGGCAAGGAUGACACAGACAACGUGAUGCUGGCGAGUGUUGCUCUGUCUUUGGAGGCCAAGCUCCAGAUGUUGCACAGCUACAUGACGCUCACCUGGCUGCCCUUGCCCUGUGAGCAAGCCCCCCUGGCCCAGCCUGAGUCUCCCACAGCAUCAGCAGGAGAGGACGCCCGCACACCUCCAGACUCAGGAGAGUCAGACAAAGAGUCAGUCAGCAGCAGCUCCAACGGAAACGGAGACACAACCACAGCAUCAACGGUCAAUGGAGGCAGCUCCUUGGCCAAAAACAGCUCCUCUUCUUCAUCAAGUUCGUCCAGCAGCGGCUCUGCAGCAGGAACAGCAGGGAAGGACAAAACCAAAAAGGACAAGGACAAGGACAAAGACAAGAAGAGGGCGGACUCUGUGGCCAACAAGCUCGGCAGCUUUGGCAAAAGCCUGGGCAGCAAGCUGAAGAAAAACGUGGGAGGACUGAUGACAGGAAAGAACGCCGGAGCUGGAGGUGUCAAGCAGGAGGGCGGGGAAAAGAAGAAAGGCUCGUUUAGAGGGAGGAAGGGCAGCAAGGAUGGCUCGCCUUCAGCCCACGCCUCAGAGGAUUCUGGGAAAGGCUCCCCAUCCUCAGGUAGCGAGCGUCUGAAUGGUACAGGAAGCAGUAUGAGCAGCAGUGGAGGCAGCAGCACUGAGAGUGAAACCUACAAGUACAGCGCUGAUGUCAAGGUGAGCCUGGGGAUCCUGCGAGCUGCCAUGCAGGGGGAGAGAAAGUUCAUCUUCGCCAGCCUCCUUACGACAAGCAACCGGCAGCCUUUUCAGGAGGAGAUGAUCCAGCGCUACCUUACAGACGCAGAAGAGCGCUUUAGAGCCGAGCAAGAACAACAGCGGCGCGAUCUGGAGAGGAAAAACAUCACCAAUGGUAUUCAGAUCCCCAAAAAGGAGACGGUUGGUGGUCCAGAGCUGACAUACCGAGCUUAUGAGGCAAAAGAGGAGCUGUCAGAAAACUCCUCCCCUACGUUCAACCAGCUCAAAGCCUCCCCUCUGACCUCAUCCAUGUACUCUGGUGUCGUUCCCAUCCCUCGGCCCUCCUUCAUAGACCAGCCUGCUGCUGCUCCGCCCCUCACCCAGCACCUUCACAUGCAUGGCUACAUGGAUACUCGGCGACAGCUUGCCGGCGGCUCCCCUGCCACCUCUUACCCUGGCCUCCCUUCUUAUGCCACCCUUCCCAGACACUGCCCCACAGCACAGGGUCCCCCCCACCCUCAGUAUAACAACUCCCAAGGCCCCUCCUCUUUGAGCCCUACCCGCCUUGCACCCUCAUACCCCCCUGAGUUUGACCCUCCGGACUACCCUGGGUCUGAACACGCUGCUGGGAGUUACACUAACGGCUUCAGGGACAUUCGCUCCAACCUCGACUCCCGGAGCGCACAGCCUCCCGUCAGACACUACUCCCUGGGCAGUGCCGGCGGUCUAGCCAGCCUGCAGUCCAGCCGCUGUCGGACACCCUCCUGCACCUACUACGGACACCCUGAGACAGGCAACUACUGCUCUUACUGCUACCGGGAAGAGCUGAAAAAGAGGGAGACAGAACCAGCCAUCCACAGGUUCUGAACAGACCUCGCUUUGGCUCGCAUUUGAUGAGUGGCCUUUUCCAGUUCAAAAAAUAACGUCUUGGGCAGAUCAGCUUCUGUGUAGAUGAGAGAAGGCACAACCAGCUCCCUCCCUUUUUUUAACCGUGUCACCUCCUGUUGGCGUACAGAAACAUAACCAACAGUUGACACAACUACAGCGCGAACAGGGUGGCUGGACUGCUGGGGUCUCCUGAUAGGCCGUAGAAUAAACUAACUGCACUUCUGUUACAUUUUGCUGUGGCUCUUAUGCAGGCGUUACGUAUGAGUGUGUUUAUUCAUGUGUGUGUGAGCUGCAGGCUCUCCUCCUUUAUCAGUUUAACGCCUUGCUACUGUCUCCUCCUAGUGGAGAGAAUGUAUAUGGCAGGCACCAUACACAGCACUCAUCCACACACAUACAGCUACAUGCACACAUCUCCACCAAGUCAGACUCACACUACAUCAUACACAGCGAUGCAAGCACAAACAGAGAAGGCUCGAUUGUCUCUGCUCCAUGUUCUGCUCUCUAAUAAUGUUAAGGUUGGAGGUUUGAGCGUUUUGAAGUCACGUCAGUUUAGGGUGAUUUCAGUGUUAUACAGAUUUUACACUACUGUUACUAGAUGCUUGCAUCAUAUGUACCUCGGGAAACAGCAGAAAUAAUCCUCGUCAAAUUGCUUUUUCGUCUGACACCAUUUGCAUAAUGCAAAUUGAAAGUAGCGUGCAAUGCUAAUGAAUAAGCGUUCUGUGGGCUGCUGUGGUGCUAAUUUUACAGAAUGCAAACCCAUAAAUGUCCAUGCAUUUAGGCAACAGCUCUGCACUGUUGGUAAUAUCUCUAAGAAGAAAUAAAUAGCUACUAAAACAUAUAUGAACUGAACUCUAAAGAUGGCAGCCUAAACACAUUAGGUCACAGUAUUGACAGCAGAACAAAGUUAACACAGCCUCGAGAAACUUUCCCUAAAGCCUGAUCCAGAAUAUUUCAUGUUUGUUGGAGUUACUCUCUAUCUCAGUCACGUCUUCCUGUUUGCAGCCUGGCACAGAGGCUUUUAAUCAAGGCCAACUGAGGCAUGAAAUAAGUCAACAUGUCACACUCAGCUCAACAAAUUUUGGAGACAACUGUCACAUAAAUUAAACGCUUUUCUCUCAACUGUUUAACUGUUACGAAACGCAUUUGUGGAUCUUUGAAAAGGGAGUUAAGGCUGUGACUAACACUAGAGUGAUUGUGGAGUAAUCUGUUUAUGAAUUUCUAUAUUUAUGAACUGAUUAUUGGUUCUAUGAAAUACAAUGCUGCAAGAGAAAAACGGUCAAUCAGGGCCAUCUUUUGUCAUCAAGGAGAAGAAAGAAACCAAGAAAUAGUUUGACUUUUAAGAACUUGAUUCAGAGGAUUGUGACCACAAAAAGAAAUAUAUCUUAAACCAGUAAAACGAUUAUUUAAAUAGUGUUAUAUUUGAAGCUUUGGGGUCAAGCAGUUGAACUUCUUGUCUAAAAAACAGUUUAGCUUUGCACAUAAGAGAUUAUCAAUCCAAAAUCCCAUCCAGUUAAAUAAAUAGAUACGACAGCCUAUCAGGGCCACUUUAAAAAAUACAGGGGAUCCGAUCAUUUUCAAGAAAAUGUUGAAUAUGCAAAAUCAGAAAUUUACAAGAAUCCAAACAUUUUGACUUCAUUAAGUUUUAAAUUUAUGAGAUAAAAAAUGAAACUUUUGAGUUCAAAGAGUCGUUAACAUACAAGAAACAAAACUUUAAACUUGAAAUUAUAAAGUUGAAAGUAGUCAAUCACAAAAAUAAAUACCAGAUGAAGAAGUUUUCCUUGCUUUCCUUGCAAAGAUGGUUUCCUUGUGUAGCAGUUGAGAGCUUUAUCAAAUUAUACUGUUUACUUGGACUGAGGAAUAAAGAAGUUCUGUGAUUUUAGACCAGAAUCAUCAAAUUAUUGGAAUUCUUACUUUAAACAUGCAGUAUGUAAAAUUCACCACCAAGGGGCUCUCAACUGAAACAAUGACUCAAUAUGACCAGUAUGAGCCAUCGCUGCACAUCUCUGCUCGUCUCCACCAUUUACUUUGUUCUGAGUUGAGGUCUCUGUUCAGUAAAAACGGCACUGUGUAACGUAUAGGCAUGUAACGGUAUCAAAGGUAGGUAAUAACUCGGUAAGAAGUCCAUGGUACGGUAUUUACUGUCAUAUUUUAGAAAUUCCUAAAACAACCAAUGAAGACUAGGGGGAAAAAGUGACAUCUGCAUUUAUUUAACAACAACUUGAGUGUUACAAUAUGGCAAAAAAGUGCCAUAGGUGUGCUUUAGGCUUAUAAACAUAUACUUGUUUGCCAACCUUCUAAAACAUUUGUUGUCCACCACUGAAAACAGCUGUAGCUCUUUGGUGAUAUAUUCACUGAUACACAUUGUCAUCGGUUGAACCCUUGUGCUGUUGUAGGGAAGUGGGUUUGUGAACGCUUCCUUGAGAGUCUUUAAGCCUGGCCAGAUUCUGCUCCUCGCAUCAUCAUGAAUCUUUUUGGGGAGAUGAUUUGCCAAGUGGCGCUUUAUAUUGCUUAUAUUCCCCAUCAGGUGUGUCACCACAGUCUACCAGUGUCUGUGUACUAUCACUAUUUCUUGACACCAGGAAACCAGGAUGCUUCCACAGGCCAGAUUUAGAAGUAGCUGGAGCCUCCACACUCUCAUAAACUUUAGUCGCUAGGGUCUUCCCAUAGACUGAUUCUCCCUUGCCGCUCAUAGCAUCCACCAUUUUCCUGCUGUUAGACCAAACCUGAGUAGAGUGCAAAGGAUCAUGGGUGCUGGGAACUGUGUUUCCACUUUCCUUCUCUUUGCUUCACACACAAAAAACGACAACACUUUUUGCCCUGAAGACCUACCUUUUAGUACUUUCACAUGUCCACAACGACACGGAGGCGCGUCUAUCGAUGUGAUACCAUUACAUCUCUAAUACAGCAAAUUUACUAAACUUAUAAUGAGUGAGAAAUGCACUGAAAAGUGCACUUUUGCCUUUGCACUAGAAGUGGUUCCAGAAUGAACAUACGGGAUGUGCUACAGGAUCCUUGCGCUCAGGUGUGGCCUCCAGCAUGAAUGCAGAAGUGCACUUUUUAGUGCAUUUCUUCCUCAGUAUGGGAAAUUUAUGAAUGAAAACAAAAGACUGGUCAUGUGUUUAGUAAAUACACCUUAUUAGGUGUUGUUUUUAUAGAACAGAGUCCUUCAAAACAAUUUGAAACAAGAAGUAUUAAAAAAGAGGGGAUACGUGGGCAGCACUGAGCUAUGUUGGACUGAAACGCGCCGCAAAUACCUUGUGUGUGGGAUUCUAUGUUACGGAGGUGAGGUUGGGGGAUUAAACUUGUAGCUCAUUGCAGCCACCAUGACAAGACAUGUCCCAAAAGUGUGAGACCUAAAUUUAAUUUAAAAAGUUAUAAUAUAGGAUUGGCCACUUUUAGAUUGAUAUAGACAUUUCUUUGCAACAAUGUACAUAUUGUAUCUUUAAAGACAUGUUGCCUUAAACCAGGGCUAUUCAGAAGAAAGGGAGAUGAUCUGAUCCAGUGUGGGUUCUGGGUUAUGUUUCUCGUAUGGCUUAAUGUUGUUGUUAAUGUACAGCUUUAUAAAGUUAGUCAAAAUUUCUGAAUUUUCUUUCCCUCAAAAAUGUCUAGGGCUUCUUGUAAAGCUAUGACUAAAUAAGCUCUAAAUAUUUACGUGAAGAUUAACGGAUCCCUCUGAUUUUGACAUUUUUUAGAAAGGCCCUCAUACGUCAUAAAUAGAGGUUUAAUAAAGAAGAUAAAAUGGUUCAUCAAAGAGAACUGCAGCUGAGAAAGAUUGUCUCCAAAUUCUGUUUGUAAGAUGUAAAGGGGAAAAUGCCCCUUUGUAGGAUGAUGGUACACCGUUAGAUUAAUAUUGUACUGAAAAGCUCUGCAUAAGUUAAAGAUCCUGAACCUGUUCUGAUACAUGAAACUCUGCACUCUGAAGGUUGAAAAUGUGAACCGUGUCAUACUGUCUCAUGAUCAAACUAAAGGUUAACGCCAAACAUCCACAGUGUUUCAGGACAUUUUAACAUCUAUUUAUUCAGCCACUGACCACAAACUCUAAACUUCUGCCGAAGGCGGUUCCUAGAUCCCAAAUCCAGCUACGUUCUCUCCUUUUGCACAAAUUCAAGCACUUUCCCAUCGUCUGUGGUUACAAACCUUUUUACUGUUUCUGAAGUGGCCUGACUGUUGUCCGUCGUCCAUCUUUGCAGACACUGCCACCUCUGUUCAUGGGAAAUCAGGGCCACAGGUCAGGAGGGUUUCAGUUACUGUAGAGCUGCAGCGUUUUGGUGCCAGUGUCACCAUCUAACUCAGUCUCCUAGUUGCCUUUUCAGCGUUUGCGUCACAAUCCUCUUUGUACAUUUUGCAGGACGGACAUCCGGUAUCUGCUGCUUGCUUCAUCGCCUGCAGUUUCUGCUACUACUGCCCCAAAGUUGAACCAUUUUAGUUAUUUAAAAACAGUGUGGAAGCUACUGGGAUCUUUAUGUUUGAGUUAGACGUAUGAACUAAAAGAUGCAGGCUGAUGUUUUGUUUGAGUCUUCCUUAUUUUGAUGAGGCUGUUUUAGUUUUACUGAUUCUGAUUAAAUUCUUAUUUCUUCCCCUGUGAUAAGCCAUUUUUGAGGAAUUUCUUUAAAUUUGGUGUGACUCAAGUUGCUCUACUUUAUUCUUCAGCAUUAAAUCUUAAAAAAAGCACAAUUUAGUAUGCAAUUCACUGCCUUGCCCAGGUGAGGGCGCCCUUGUUUUAUUUUUCUGUUUAACUCUUUGUUGGGAGCUUCAAUUGUGACCAACAUUCUAACAAAAAACAGCCUAAAUACCAAGGAAUAACUUUAAAAUAUGGUAACUGAACACUAUGUUAUGAUUAUUUAUGUAAGUGAAGCUGGUGAUAAAAAAAAACACUUGAGUUGAACUGACACUCAAACCCUUAAGUCAUGCUACUUUCCCAAAAACAAACAUUUGGUGUUUUUCUGUGUCCAUGCACUUACAUUUUAACUCAAAGGAGAUCCAUGAGGCGUUCCCUGACCGUGGGAAAUAUGAUGCUUGUAUUAAAAAAUGUUGUAUGUGUGUGCAAACUCUGCCCUCCAAAAUAAUAAUGAGCUAAAAAAAACAUGUUUUAAUUUUAUUUUUUGCAAUGAAAUGGAUGCCUCUGAAACAUGUAAGACAUUAGACGUUACAAGCUUUGACUCCUUUUUGUAUUUAAGAAAAAAACGAUGAGAGGUUGUAUAAAUAUGUUUGAGUUAUUUUUGUAAGCCCAAAGUUUUACAGCGUUUUUAAAGGGUAAGAAUGUAUUUUGUGGGAUACUUAAACAGGAGUGGAUGAAAAGCUUGUGAGAGCCCAGAUUUGGAGUAGAUUUGGUGAUAUUUCGGCUGUGAAAGGCGACUCCCAGACCAGACGGGCCUCUUGGGUCUCUUAUUGCAAACUAAUUUCCUCAAUGCUGACCUAACAAGAUACCAUUUGAGAAUUUAUAUUUAUAGUGAGAUUUUUUAAUAGGUUUCCUUGUGGGAUGUUUAGUUGAGACGUUUUAGGAUGUUCUUUCUCACAAGGCUAAUUGUCUAGCAGUCCGGCUUUUAUUUGUUUGUUGCUUUCAUUGAUUUGUAAAGUUUUGUUUACUUUUUUCUACAACCACCGAACCGUGCUAUGCUAAAACAUGACAGUGAUGUUCUUGUCGACCCAGCUCGUUUGCUCCGCACCCGAGGAGAAACAGCUCAGAAUUAGUUUUUGCGACACAACUGACCCGAUCUAUUUUUAUAAAUAUUGUACAACACUGUAUUUUCUGUGUGAGCAGAAUCUUCAUCAUCGGUGACAUUAACAUGGAUUACUUCGAGUUGCAUGGGACUGGAACUGUUGCAUGUAAAUGGCGAUCCAUUUUACCAAAUUUGUGCAUUAUUUUAACUUGAUUUCUCUCGUCCUGGUAUUUUGAUCUGUUUUAAUUUUCUAUUGUUUUAAUGUUUUGUUUUUUUGAGAGGAGAGCCCUAAGGCUGUGUGACAGUGCAAUCUGGAUAGAAAGAACAUCAGAUUUUAUGUUAUUAGGUUAUUAUUAUUAUAAUUAUUAAUUUUUUUUGCACCGUUUGAAUAAAUUCUCAUUGUAUUUCAAGAAUGCUAUGCUUCCUCUUUUUUCUGUGUUUAAUAUUAUACUUUGUUUUUAUCAAAAUUGCUGCAUUAUAAGAAGAUAAGGCUUAUUUAUUUAAAGAGUGCCAUUCAGGCAAAGCAAUUAAAAAUAAGCUUUUAGCAUUAAAAGCAUUAGAAGACAGGGUAUUAUAGAUCAGUGGUUCUCAACUGGUGGGUCGUGAAAUGUGUGCCAGGGAAAAAUGUGGCAAAAAUCUAUUGUAUGGAAGCCCUAAUUGGACAUUCAUGCAUGAAUUCUAUAUGUUUUCCUAUGAUGAUGAGUAAACUUCAAUGUUUGUCUCAAGAUUUCACCUUAUUUAUCUCUUUUUCUUUGGAUUACAAGCAGGCUUUUCCAAGAUAUUGAUGAAAUUCCUUAUGAGAUUACCAAAAUUCCAUGCUGUCUUAGAAGGAGGGGGUAAAAUGAAAUAAAUGCAUACAUUUCCUUCUGUAAUGA